AUGACAAAUAGCCUGAUCGGUGUGCUUCUCCGUUUUAGAAAAGAGGCUGUGGCGGUAACGGCUGACAUCCAGCGAAUGUUUUAUUCCUUCUUCGUACGUGAAGAAGACAGAGACUACCUGCGCUUCUUGUGGUUCCGAGACAACGACUCCAGCAAGGAUGUCAUUGAAUACAGGAUGCGCACCGCACAGGAGGGAGAGCAGGACUUUGGUGCGGACGUUCGACACUUUAUCGAGAGAGACUUCUACGUCGACGACGGCCUCAAGUCCUUACCGACCGAAGAGGAGGCUAUUGAUCUACUCAAAAGGACACAACACAUGCUGAGAGGAGCAAACCUGCGGCUUCACAAGAUAGCCUCUAACUCUGUGGAGGUCAUGGGCGCCUUCCCAUCCGAUGACUACGCCAGGGGCCUUAAAGACAUGGACUUCGACAGAGGUCACGUACCGAUGCAACGGAGCCUUGGACUAAACUGGGACCUAAAGGGAGAUACGUUCACCUUCAAAGUGCCCGUAAAAGACACCCCGAAUACACGACGCGGCGUACUAUCCACUGUGAACAGCCUAUACGACCCCCUAGGAUUCACAGCCCCAGUGACAGUACAAGAAAAGGCGAUCGGCGCUGUGGCGUACAUCAGAGUCACAGAUGCUGAUGGAAUGCAACACGUGGGUUUUGUGUUUGGAAAAGCAAAGCUAGCGCCGCGCCCCGAACAGACCAUUCCAAGACUUGAGCUAUGUGCCGCAGUGCUCGCCGUCGAUAUCGCAGAGUUAGUCGUCAGCGAGAUCGAUGCUCACAUCGAUGACAUUAAAUUCUACACGGACAGCAAAGUUGUGCUCGGAUACAUCUUCAAUCAAUCGAGGCGUUUCUACGUCUAUGUCAGCAACCGUGUGAACCGCAUACGAAGAUCUACGAAGCCCGAGCAAUGGCAUUACGUUCCCACCGGUCAGAACCCUGCAGAUCACGCCACUAGACCUGUGGCUGCAGAUGCUUUGGCUGGCACGACUUGGCUGACAGGACCGAAAUUUCUCCGGGAAUGUACGGACGCGCAGAGAGAGCGCACAGCCUUCCCGCUUUUUGAACCAGAUCAGGACAAGGAAAUCCGUCCUCAAGUGGCUGUCUCGGCAACUCGCGUAGGAAAUCAACAACUGGGGGCUCAUCGCUUCGAGCGCUUUUCGACAUGGACAUCCUUACUGCGGGCCGUGGCAUGCCUGGUGCAUAUCGCUCGUUCCUUUCAUAACCCUUUGGCUGAUUGUCACGGAUGGCAUUACUGCAGCAAACCUCGAAGCGCGGAUGAGCUGAACGAGGCGAAGAAAGUAAUCCUUCGUUGCGUCCAACACGAAGAAUUUCCAGAAGCCGUCACAUGUCCCCGUACGGACGCAGCUCAACAAAGUCGCAUUUCGUCCAGCAACCCUUUGUGUGAGCUCGACCCGUUCGUCGACAAUCAGGGCCUGUUGAGAGUUGGUGGACGCCUACGGAACUCCGACCUCGACGAAGCGGAAAAGCAUCCAGUCAUCGUUCCGGGUCGCCAUCAUGUAGGCUUAUUGCUGAUACGGCACUAUCAUGGAAAAGUUAAACAUCAAGGGCGACACUUCACCGAAGGAGCUGUUAGAGCUGCCGGGUUUUGGAUUAUCGGCGGAAAAAGAUGCAUCGGCGCCAUGAUUCAUCAUUGUAUCACAUGCCGCAAACUUCGAAGAAAAUUGGAGCAUCAGAAGAUGGCCAACUUGCCUGAAGAUAGGCUAAGCGCGGACCCUCCGUUCACCUACGUGGGACUGGACGUUUUCGGCCCUUGGAUGGUUGCCUCACGUCGCACAAGGGGCGGUCUCGUCCACAACAAAAGGUGGGCAGUCUUAUUCACGUGCAUGGCCAUUCGUGCAGUGCACAUAGAGGUCAUUGAGUCAAUGGAUACGUCAAGCUUCAUUAACGCCCUGCGAAGAUUCCUUGCGCUCAGAGGCCCAGUGAAACAGCUCCGUUCAGACAGGGGCACGAACUUCGUUGGUGCCUGCUCUGAGCUCAAGAUGUCGGCUGUUGGCUUCGAACUUCGUAAAGUUCAACGCUUCUUGAGCGAGCAAGGCUGCACCUGGAUUUUCAAUACACCUCAUUCCUCCCACAUGGGUGGCGUGUGGGAACGCAUGAUAGGCAUGGCUCGCCGGAUCCUGGAUUCAAUGCUUCUGAACGACGGCUCUCCUCGCUUCUUCCAUGAGGUCUUGACCACAUUCCUCGCAGAAGUGACCGCCAUUAUAAACGGAAGACCAUUGGUUCCAGUCUCCUCGGAUCCCGAAUGUCCCUCAGUGCUCUCCCCUGCAAUGAUCCUGACGCAGAAACCUACGUCGUCAACAGCACCUCCAGGAGAUUUUAAAAGUCUUCAUGUGAAGCAGUGGAAACAAGUUCAAGCUCUUGCCAACAGCUUCUGGCAUCGCUGGAGAACACAGUUCCUGCCCACCCUUCAACGCCGUCGCAAGUGGAAAACCGAUCGACCUAACCUUCAAGUUGGCGAUCUUGUGCUGCUGAAAGACGUGGGCGCUAGACGCAAGGAGUGGCCAAUGGGACGAAUCACCGCUGUGCGGCGAGGGAAUGACGGUAAGGUGCGCAAGGUGCAACUCCAGACAGUUAAAGACGGCAAGAAGAAAACCUUUGAACGACCAGUCUCCGAGAUGGUUCUUCUGUUCUCGCCGGAUCAAAGUGACUGA